AUGGCUCUGCUGAAGUUUCAACUGCUGCUGGGGCUGGGUGUGGCAGUGAGCUCAGUGUCUCUGCAGAAGAGGGUCGUUGGAGGUGAGGACUGUAGAGACGAUGAGCGACACUAUCAUGUGAAGGUCUACAGAUAUAAUCAAAUAACAUCAAGGUUCUGUGGAGGAUCUCUGAUCAGUGAUCAGUGGGUUUUGACUGCAGCUCACUGCUGGAACCCAGAACCAGGGUGGGUUAAUGAAGUACAUCUYGGAGUUCAUCCUAAAAGUGCUCCAAAGUGGACUGAUACAGUCACUCAACUUGAGGUAUAUAGAGACAGUAAYGGUCGUUAUCAUGACAUCAUGCUCCUGAAGCUGUCAAGAAAAACAGAAAUCCGACCAAUCAAACUACCUGACUGUCCAGAUACUCUMCUACUCGGCACCAAGGUUCAGAUUGCAGGUUAUGGACCAGCAGAAGUUGGCCUUCUUAACAAAAGAAUCAAACAUGUUCCAGACGGUCUUCAGUGUGCAGAGUUAAAGAUUGAUAAACAUGAAAAGUUGGAAAAGAUGCGGGCAAAAGCCGARGACUUUAAGUUGAGUUACCAGAAGUGGUACAGUGUGACAAGCUCUAAGAAGGAUGUGUCUCGCGGCGACUCUGGUGGAGGAUUUGUGUUCAACAACAGGCUGUAUGGUAUUUGUACCUUCACUGGAGAUGCAUGGUAUGCACUCAGUGCACCAAGUGCUUUCAUCGAUGUCUGUGCCUACAAGCAGUGGAUAGAUGACACAAUUAAAUAACCAAAAAAAAMCUAAUUUGCUAGGUGUCUGUAUUGUGGCGAAAUGUUCCCAGCACCAUAAAAUCACAAAGUUCAAGUUAAUCUUUAAAUUUCAAUUUUCAGUUGAUUCAUUUUCUGAUUUACAGCUGAAUUAUUUGGAGAUUUAAGUUAUUGUGUACAAGUUAAUCUGUGAUAAUAUCUUAUUUCUCAAUAAGUAAAGCUGCUGUUUGUAAUAAUCAGUAAUAAUAUCCACUGUCACAUGACUAGGAAAUAAAUGGCUGUUAUCUGA